UCUUAUCUACUUAUUCCCGCCGGUGGGCAGCGUGGUCGUGUCCUUCGUACAGGACCGUUUCGGUCACCGGGCGUGCAUGGUGGUGGCGAACUUUGCGCACUUGUUGUCCGUGGCCACUUUGCUGCUGUCCGACGGCCCGGCAGGACUAUACGCUAGCUCGGCACUGAUGGGCUUCAACGUGGGCUUUGUGACCAGCUUUUCACUGUCGUACAGCGGUGAAGUAUGCGAACCCAAACUCCGUGGCACGCUCACCGCUGUGCUCAACCUGUUCUACUUCGCCGGUUACCUGUGCGUCACCAUGUUGUACGCGAUCACCGCCGACUGGCGGCUGUCCGUGGUCUGCACCGCGAUCUUGCCACUCGUAAAUGCUGUGGUCCUGUUUAAGACUCCAGAUUCACCAAUGUGGUUGAUGUCUCGUGGUAGAACGGAUGAGGCGAAGAGCACGUUUAACAAACUCCGAGGUGGCGUAGGCGAGGAAAAGUUUGCCAUUGAAUUUCGGGAUAUGGUUCAUUACGCAUCCGAAAUUAAUCUGAAAAAUCAACUUACAGAUGGAGAAAAACAGGAAAUGUCUUCUAUCAAAUAUUCGCUGUACCGUUUCAUGGAACCCGAAACGAUGAAACCUUUGCGACUGCUUAUGGCAAUGAUUUUCUUCACCAACCUGUUGUCCGGUAUACCGUAUACUCCGUAUCUAAUAUCUAUAUUUGAUACUUUCCAAGUGUCAUUUCAUCCUGCUUGGGCAACGACGAUGUAUAUGGCGUUUGGUGUCGUGGGUAACGUGCUGACCAUAUGCUCCAUAAACAAAUUAGGAAAGAGAUUUCUGGCUCUGUGCACAAUGACCUGUUGUUCAGUCUGUUACCUGUCCAUCGGGAUUAUUGGAAAUGUAUUACCAUCGUCUCCAGUCACGUCGUGGAUAAAAAUCGUGCUGUUUUUCAUGUCGACUUUUUUUUCGUCAAUGGGAAUCAUGCCUAUAGUGUGGAUUCUCAUGUGUGAAAUUUUCCCAAUGAAAAGUAAAAACAUCGGAGCCGGUCUUAGUUCAGCUACAUAUUUCAUAUUGAGUUUCUUGAUGACCAAAUUCUAUCUGGAUCUCGAAAUGAUUACGGGUUUUUACAACACUUUUGUUCUAUUCGGGAUCGUAGGCUUAAUCGGUCUGGUGUAUUUGCACUUUCAACUUCCGGAGACCGAGAACAAGACGUUAAACGAGAUUUCAGAACACUUUAAAUCCAAAAAUACAAAAUGUUUGGUGUUAACGACAACGUAUUUCUUAAACGCCCAACAAGGGAUAGACAUGAUGAUGCCGACCAUAAUCAUCGGGGCAUUAAACCGUAAAGGCGACGAUACCGUGCCAGACAUAACGGACGAACAGAUAUCAUGGAUCGGUAGUCUGGUAUACUUAUCACCACCGUUUGGGAGUCUGUUCCUGUCACUGGUCCAGACACGGCUUGGCCACAGGAUAUGUAUGGCGCUCACCAAUCUCAUUCAGCUGUCGUCCGUGCUGGUCGUGAUUCUUUUUCCGAUCACAGUGAGCUCUUUGUACGCGUGCUCGAUACUGAUGGGUCUCAGCACGGGUUUCGCUACUGGCCUGAGUAUAUCGUACAGUGGUGAAGUGUGCGAACCUAAGCUCCGGGGCUCGUUGACGUCCGCCUUGAACGUUUUCUACUUCGUCGGAUUCUUUUUUGUCUCCACCACGUACGCCAUUACUGAGAGCUGGAAACGGACAUUGAUUAUCACAAUCAUCGUGCCUUUAGCCAACAUGCUCACACUGUUGAUGACUCCCGACUCACCAAUGUGGCUAUUGUCCAAAGGGAAGAUAGACAAAGCGAGGAAGGUCUUAAUGAAGCUUCGGGGAUAUGUGAGUGAAGAGAAAUGCUCCACUGAAUUCCAGGAAAUGGUUCAAUACGUUUCUCUAUCGGCUAAAUCAGAAGAAGCAAAGAAAAAAUCUUCGUCUAUAGGUAGCUUUUCACAUCCGGGACUUUGGAAUCCACUGAAGCUCAUGUUGGUCUACAUAUUAUUUUCGAAUAUCAUGUCUGGGGUACCGUAUGUGCCGUAUCUGAUGAAUAUAUUUACUUCGUUUAACACACGAGUAGAACCUGCGUGGGCAAUGUCUGCUUACCCCGCAUUCAGUAUCAUUGGUAACGUGUUCACUAUCCUGUUGGUUCACCGGCUGGGCAAAAGAUUCCUUGUGCUAUCAACCGUAACCGUCUGUUCGCUGUCAUACCUGCUCAUCGGGUUUAUCGGACAGUUUUAUACUGAUACCGAGUACACGUCUUGGGCGAAAUUGAUACUAUUCUUUGUGUCAACGUUAUCCUCAUCGCUGGGUAUUAUGCCGAUCGGAUGGAUCUUCAUAAGCGAAGUGUUUCCGAUGAAGAGUAAAAACAUAGGUUGCAGCAUCUGUUCCGUGAUAUAUUUCUUUUUCAGCUUCUUCUUGACAAAAUUCUACAUGGACCUCGAGAAGUUUAUUGGCUUCUACAACACGUUCGUUUUGUUUGGCGCUUUGGGGAUCGUCGGCCUCGUGUACUUCUACUUUUAUUUACCAGAAACUGAAAACAAAACGCUAAAGGAAAUCGCUGAACACUUUAAACUCGAACCAGUGUAGUUUACGGAAGUAUACCUAAAUCUACUUAUAAACAUCCGCUGCAUCUAAUGCAUUGUAAUAUAUAUUAUUUGAUAUUAUAUUCUUAUUCCUAUUCGACCGCAUCAGCCUGUGCACUUUAUAAUAAUAUAAUAAUUAUAUAGACACAUUAAAAUA